AAAAAAGUGACAAAAUUUGUCAAAGAACUGUCAAAAAUUGUUUGGGAGGAUUUUAUUAGAUAUAAUUUUUGUUGCGGCUCUGGGGAUUUCAGGAUAGCUUUGAAACGGUGUAAAAUGGAUGAGUGGGAAGAAAGUGUGUCUGGGACUUGUCGCACAUGCCUGGAGAAGUCCAAGCUCAUGCAAUCUCUCUACAAAGUCACAGAGAUUUCUGAGAGAAAAGAAGAAUUGUCUGUCUUCUUUAAGGAGUUGACUAAUCUUCAGUGUUUCAAGGAAGAUGGACUACCUGUUUUCAUCUGCCAAGAAUGUGUGCAGAAAAUCUCAAAUGCCAUCUCCUUCAAGGCGAUGUGCUUGAAUUCCGAUAAUAUCCUUCGUGGGAGGAGUGCGGUGAAGAUUGAAAAUGUGUUCGUGGAAGAAACCCAACUUUGGGAGGAAGGUCAAGGACAAAGCCAAGCUCAAAAUUCCACUGCAACUGGAAUUGCGGGAAAUGCAAUGAAGGAUGAAAAUUACAUAUUUAAGAAUGAACCUCCAGAAGUUGAGGGUGUUUCUGGUGAAACUGAGAGUGAGGAAAGGAGUGAGGGGACAACAAAACGGAAGAAUCGACGGAAGCAAAACCUCUCUGAAUUAUCCUACAAUUGUACCGAUUGGACCCCAUUUGCUGACAAUCAAACCGAUAGAAGGGACAUCCCGACAAUUUCAAAACUUGAAGCUAUGGUUGAGAUAUUUGAGGAUAAGAAGGACAUCAAAUGGACACCACCGGGCACAAAAUCAGCAAAGAAAACAACAAAAUUUAAUAUGCAACCAAAGGCUGAAACCAAAAGAAAUCUCAGCGGAGGGAAAUCUUCGAAUCAGAAGAAAAAUGUUACAAGCAUUAUGUGCAAUUUAUGUGGGAAAGUUCUCAAGUCUACAUCUCUGAGGAUCCACAUGACUACCCAUUUACCAGAGGCUAACUAUGAGUGCAGCCACUGUGGGAAACGCUACAAGAAUAAGCAGAGUCUUAAGACACACAUUAUGGUCCAUAGAUCCGAUAAUCCCUUCAAAUGCAACAUUUGUGGUAAAUGCUUUUCCGCCAAUACUCCGUUUCAAGUUCAUUUGAGGAAUCACAAAGGGGAAAAGCCCUACCUAUGCCCAAUCUGCGGGAAGAGUGUCACGCAAUAUAGUGGCCUAACGCGUCAUCUUCAAACCCAUUCCGAGGCAAAGCCGUAUGUGUGUCAAAUUUGCAAAAAGACCUUCAAAACUCGCGGAAAUCUCUAUGAUCACAGCCGGACUCACGUGAAGGAGUCUCUUUUUGAGUGUAGUGAAUGCGAUAAAAAAUUCAAAAGCAAACAAACGCUGAAAGGACACAUUUUCAUCCACACCAAAUUGCGUCCGUAUGAAUGUAGCUUCUGCCAGAAGCGCUUCAAUGCUCCGCACAUCCUUAGGCGUCACAUUUAUCUUCACACCGGUGAGAAGAAGUACAAGUGUACCCUUUGCCCCAUGGGCUACAUCCAGCGUGAAGGUCUCAUCCGUCAUAUGGCAACACACAAGCAGAAGGAGCAGAACGAAUCUUUAGAUAAAAAACCAUUAGAAGGAAUAUUUGAAUGAAAAAUAAUAUGAAUUUAUUAAUUAUAAUGAGAAAAAUUCGAUGUAAUACAUUCUAGUGUUAUUGCUAAGAAUGUCUCUCCGUUCUAGAAUUAUUGAAAUAGAAUGACAUUAAAAAUUAAAA